GAGUAAAUACUUACAGGAAAUGGAUAUUAUUCCAACAUGAUGAUGGAUGAAACUAAUCUAGGUGAUUUUGAUAAUUAUGGCAACACCUAUGCUGACCAACAGUCACAGGCAACGCAAGUUGGUCCAGCAGCCCCCUCCGUGAGGCCAAACCAUAAGAGAUCAAAGAAUUUCAGUGACCACGAAGAUGAGGUUUUGGUUUCAAGCUGGCUGAAUAUAAGCUUGGAUCCAGUCGUAGGCAAAGAUCAAAAGGGUGGCAGGUAUUGGUCUCGUAUCUAUGAGUACUUUCAUGAACACAAGACAUGCUCCUCAAAGCGUACCAUUAAUUCUCUCAUGCACCGGUGGGAGACCAUACAAAAAUGUGUGAACAAGUUUUGUGGAUGUCUAACACGGAUUGAGUUAAGACGUCAGAGUGGUACUACAAUGCAAGACAAGGUUGCAGAGGCAUGUGCCUUGUACAAGUCUGAAGAUGAACAUGGCAAAGCAUUUCAGUUCAUGCAUUGCUGGAAUAAGCUGAGAACACAACCAAAAUGGCUUGCUAAAAUUGAUGAAUUGGCUGCUGGUAAAACAUCUAACAAGAAGCAGAAGACAAGCUCUACUGCUGAUCCGAGUGCAGCUUUACCAAGUGAAACAGAACCAGGUGCAGUUGAAGGCCUAGAGGCUUGUGCAUUGACAAGGCCAAUAGGUAAGAAGGCGGCAAAAGCAGCAUUGCUGCAAGAGAAGAAAAAAAGUGUGACAGCAACCUUAGAAAAUAUGUGGGCACAGAAGAAAGAAACUGAUGGGGAGAAAGAGCUAAAGAAAGAAGAGAGGUUCAAUAAAGCAUUUGCUCUUGAACAGGAUCGAGUUGCAAAUGAAAAACUACUUCUCCAAGUGAGGAGUCAGGAAGUUGAGGUGAGGAGUCAGGAGGUCCAGUUGCAGAAAAAGAGGGAUGAAGAGAGGAUUAUGACCAUGGACCUUACUGCCAUGCCAGAUGAUGACCUAAAGAAAUACUACAUGUGCUUGCGGGCUAAGAUCAUGAGCCGAGUACUUAAGUAGACUUCUGUUCUUCUAAAUAGUAUUGGUAGCUACUGUGAUGUUUUUCCCAUUUGGUACUAUGUGAUGUUGGAACUUAAUUGGUAUUUGAAUCUUCUAAAGAGUACUAGUGGCUACUGAGAUGUUAUUGUCAGACAAUGAAUUCCAAAAAAGCUAUUCAUGGUCAAAACAGCUUGGUGCCUGUAAUGUGAA